AUGGCUUCAUCAUUGGAAGAAAUAAAGGUUGAGAUGGAAGCUCUCAGGGCUCAGCUGGCUGAAGUUCAGCAGCAGGUGCCUGCAACUCAGGAAAUUGCCUUUCGCAAUGCCAAAAUCACAGUCUCCUCUACGAAGGCAGAUUUUGCGGCAGAGAAAUUCGACAUGGACACUGUCGCUUGUGUCAUGGACCUUCUGAAUGAAGAUCCUCGCCCGGCUAACCUUUAUGAACAGAUUAAGAGGAAAGUGAUCAAUAGGUAUGGUGGCUCACCUGAGCAACGUCUCAGACAGCUACUUCGGGGCCAGGUCUCUCUCGAUGGGAAACCUUCAACAGUUUUAGACAGGAUGAAGUCCUUGCAGUCGGGUCCUUCGAAAGCAGUUCUCAGAUCUGUCUUUCUUGAGCAGCUUACCGAGCCUUGUCGGUUCGUACUGUCAAUCCACAAUAUUGAUUCGUUGUCGAAGUUGGCCGCGGCUGCAGACAGAUACAUGGAUUCAGCUGGAUCUUUCAACCAGAUCUCAACCCUUGGUGCUGAGGUUUCAUCUCCCAGUGUCAAUGCUGUUAGUUCUUCGCUUAGCAAAAUUCAAGAAAUGUUAACUCAAAUGAGUUCAAGACUUGACAGGCUAGAGAAAAACUCUCAUUGUAAAUCUCGUGGUCGUUUGAAAAAUAGAACGGCUGGGCAGGAUGCCAAGUCUUCUGGUGAUUCUUCAGUACCUUCUAAUGUAGUCCCAAAGGCUGACUCAGACACUGGUCCCUCUGCUUUUAAACUCCACGCGGCAAACAACACUUUUAUCAACACCUAUGGUGAAAUCAAGCUGACUCUUAGCCUCAGACUUAAUUGCCCAGUUUCCUGGAACUUUAUAGUUGCUGAUGUACCCUACCCUAUCAUCGGAGCUGACCUCAUGCACUCCGAUGGCUUGAUUGUGGAUGUUCGCAGGCGUAGAAUUAUAGACCCGUUCUCUAACACUUUUGUUUUUGGGGGAAUUACCAGUUGCUCUUACUUCAAAGUCAGUCUUUUUGAUCCAUCUUCUUCCUGGUCGAAGAUUCUCUCUGAUUUUCCAGAGAUUACGGGUAGCAAGCCUGCUGAACCUAUAUUGGCUAAAGAUAUUUUUUACUACAUUGAAACGACUGUUCCUCCGGUUCACGAGCGUCCACGACGCUUGGACCCAGUCAAGUUUAAAGCCGCUCAGGUUGUAUUCAAGACCCUGGUCAAGCAAGGUGUUUGCAGAGUCUUAAAGAGCCCCUGGGCUAGCCCUAUACACAUGGUCAAAAAAAGGAUGGGACUUGGCGCAUUUGUGGCGAUUAUCGCCGUUAAAACGCCCAAACGGUCCCCGUCAGAUUUCCCAUUCCUUACAUUUGCACCAACGGACAUGAUUAAGGCAGCUGUUACCACUCCGUUCAGACUGUACGAAUAUGUUUUCAUGCCUUUUGGGCUCCGUAAUGCAUCUCAGUCCUUUCAGAGAUACAUUUUCCAGGCUUUAGGCGAUCUUGACUUCGCUUUUGUUUACCUUGAUGACGUGCUCAUCUUAUCUUCUUCCAUCAAAGAACAUGAAGAGCACCUUCGUACAAUCUUUGGUUCUCAGCCCUGCUCAGAGAAGGUAGAGGCCAUCCUCGACUUUCCUUUGCCGGUCAGAGUUGCAGAUCUUCGCAGAUUCCUAGGGCUGGUCAAUUUUUAUCGUCGUUGGCUUCCUCAGGCAGCCUCCGCACAGGAUCCUCUUUUUGAUUACACAGCUGAUUCAAAGAAAAACGAUCAGAGAGUCAUUGACUGGUCUCCAGAAGCCAAGCAAGCCUUUGAAACCACCAAGAGUCACUUGGCUAAGGCUACCCUCCUGUUGCUACCCUUGAGCAACUCUUUGAGGGAGACUGGAAGCCCCUGGCAUUUUUUUCCAGAAAAUGAAGCCAACGAAGCUACAGUGCGUACGAUCGUCGUCUCAGACCACAAGCCCCUAAUCUACGCGUUUAUUCAAAAGUCUGACAAGGCCUCUCCUCACCAGCAGAGACAGCUUUGCUUUCUUUCACAGCUUACUACUGCCAUUGAAUACUUGCCAGGUUUGUCGAAUGUGGUGGCUGAUGCACUCUCUAGAGUAGAAGUCAUUUGUCUUCCUCUUGAGUUAGAGCUCCCGGAAUUGGCCAAGGUGCAACAACAGGACUCUGAGCUCUCAGAGCUGCUGAAAUCUCCUGCCCAUUCUCUCAAUCUAAAACCCAUUGAAUUGGGUCACAGCCACACUAGUCUUUAUUGCGAUCUCACCGGUAAGAUAAUUCGUCCUUUUAUUCCUAAAUCUCUUCGUAAAAGAAUCUUUGAUUAA